UGUCGAGGAAAAAAAUGGUUAAUUACGGAUGAGUUUGCGGCCGAGGUGUCGGCCGAGCACAAGGCCCAUUCUGAACCCCGGGCGGGGAAUUUCUUUGUUGAACACCAGCCGGCUAACGGGCUAACGAGCGCACAUCCAGAUCAUCGCGGCGGGUUGCUGCCUCGAGUAAAAUCUGCUCUCCCCGUCAAAAUGCCACCGCUGUAUGCCCGGAGGAGGGUCUCAUCUAGGCUGGGGGCUGCUCGUACCGUCGCGGAUGGACGGGGACAGUACCACCACCGAUACCUCACAGUUGGGUAUAACGGGCGAUUAUAUUUCCGGAGGGCACUAUGUGCUGCAAACUCAAGAAGAUGAUGGUGAAGAAAGUCUGCAUGACCAUGAGGAUGGAAAUGGUUCCAAAGACAAUCUCAGAGAGCAGGAUAUAUAUCUACCCAUUGCUAAUGUAGCUCGCAUCAUGAAAAAUGCCAUCCCACAGACUGGAAAGAUAGCAAAAGAUGCAAAAGAAUGCGUGCAAGAAUGUGUGAGCGAGUUCAUUAGCUUCAUCACGUCAGAAGCCAGUGAGCGAUGUCAUCAGGAGAAACGCAAAACCAUCAACGGCGAGGACAUUUUGUUUGCCAUGUCCACACUUGGCUUCGAUAUGUACGUGGAACCUCUCAAACUCUACCUACAGAAGUUCAGAGAGGCAAUGAAGGGUGAGAAGGGUAUUGCAGGUGUGGCAGGUGCGGAAGGCCUGUCUGAGGAACUUACAGAAGACACUUUCACAAAUCCAUUGCCUGCAGGGCUGAUCACAGCUGAUGGUCAACAGCAGAAUGUCAUGGUUUACACCACCUCAUACCAACAGAUCCCUGGUGUUCAACAAAUCCAAUUCUCAUGACCUGGUUCAUCAGGAGACCAUAAGGCCUCUGACCUGUUCAAGGAUAAAUUGGCCUCUUGCCUUCUAAGACUUCACAGGCAGUUUUGGAAGUUGAUUGAUUAGGAGAGCAGGUUAAAGUUGAACCUGCUGGUAGAGCUUGAAUUUGUAAAUUUGCUUAGUGAUGUCUGUAAUUCAUGAAGUAAUCAUUUGUUACAAUUAUAAUACUUAUUCAUUUUAAGCAGUCUCCGAGGUCCCAUCCUCAGAGGGAAGACUGCCAUAGCUUUUCCCUUCCUUAUAUUUGUUAGAGGUUUUUAAAGGGGGAGGGGGGGGUAGCAGGACAGGGCAAAUGGAAUUACUACAUGUACACAAUAAAGGGAUUCUCAUUUAA